AGACCUCACGUGCUUCGGAAUAUACGUAGGGGAUGCUGCACCUCUGUGGCGGUGCUUGCUUGCUUGCUUCCAGACCUAGAAGCUAGGCUUAGAACUCAUGAGGCUCUGUUUGUGUGGUUUCUGUUGGUUUCAAAUUCGCGCGUGGCAGCAAACGACAUGUGGUUCUUUACCAUGUAAGAUCGAAGGACUUUUAUAUUAAUUACGAUCAUUGUUUGGGCGGCACAUUGUCUCUUGGCUAGAUCUGAUCUGUCCGAUCUGUCUGAUAUUUGACGCUAGGAUCUGUGUGUGACGACCAGUUCCCAUGGUAUAACUUGUUUGCGAAGCCCAAGAUUCGAUUUCCAUUGCUCAAUGAGGGUUAUAAUCUCAACACAAUGUAUCGAUCGGUUCCGGAACCCCGUUCCCAUCCCCAAACACGAUCCGUCCGAGAUCUCUGAUCCGAGAAACACGAUCAAAGAUGCCAUGCCAGAUGCCAUGCAGACGACGGAGAGUAUACGGAUAACUCGAAUCGUAGCGCGCCCCCGACCCGGGCAUCCGAGCCACAGUCCCCCCGCUGCUUCGGCCGCAAAACUUAGUCCAUUUGAUGGGACACCCGAAACUUUCUUCUUCGUCUUCAACACGGACACUGGCAGGCAGCAAAGAAAGAAAAGGAGGUGCCUGCUACUCAAUUCAGCUUCGACUGCCCACAAUCUUUUCGCCAAGAUGACGGAAAAAGUUGCUUCGGCGCAAGCCCGACUACCAAGCCAGUUUUGUUCCCCCAUCACCUUCCCACCCCCCAUGCUAGUGGCGGCGCUAGGCAGGUUCGCUAAACCUCAUUGUUCUCGGCGGCACCACACGCUGGCGCCACUUUUGUUCCCGUUAAGCACGUAUCCUCCCGGCACGGGGUAGGCAAGGUAGGGUAGUUUUGGGGACGACUGGGGUGUGUGUGUGUGUGAGGUGAUGGUAGUGGCGGCGGCGGCGACGGUGGUGGUCGGGUCUGUUAUAUGGUCUACGGGGACCCGGCCUCUCGG